CCGGGGCGCUGGGUUGGCGCGCGCGCCGCGAGCCGCGGGGCUGAGCUGGGCUCUUGGGUUUUUGCACAGUGCGCCUUGGCUUUGGACUCUUACCGGACACUGGUGUCUUCAGUUUUCAGGAUGCCGUCUUCCCUGCUGGGCUCGGCGAUGCCGGCAUCCACGUCGGCCGCGGCCCUGCAGGAAGCUCUGGAAAAUGCGGGGCGGCUCAUCGACCGUCAGCUGCAAGAAGACCGCAUGUACCCGGACCUUUCCGAGCUGCUCAUGGUGUCUGCCCCAAAUAACCCCACUGUUUCUGGCAUGUCAGAUAUGGAUUACCCUCUACAAGGACCUGGUUUGCUGUCGGUGCCCAGCCUCCCAGAGAUCAGCUCCAUCCGCAGAGUUCCUCUCCCACCUGAGCUUGUCGAACAGUUUGGACACAUGCAGUGCAACUGCAUGAUGGGCGUGUUCCCCGCCGUCAGCAGGGCCUGGCUCACCAUCGACAGCGACAUAUUCAUGUGGAACUAUGAAGAUGGGGGAGACCUCGCCUAUUUUGAUGGACUUAGUGAGACUAUCCUUGCCGUGGGGCUCGUGAAACCAAAAGCUGGCAUCUUUCAGCCUCAUGUCCGACACCUCCUGGUUUUGGCAACCCCUGUGGAUAUAGUGAUUCUUGGACUCAGCUAUGCUAAUUUGCAAACAGGCACUGGAGUUCUGAAUGACAGUAUGUAUGGAGGAAUGCAGUUGCUUCCAGACCCUUUGUAUUCUCUUCCCACUGAUAAUACUUACCUCUUAACAAUAACUUCCACCGACAACGGCAGAAUUUUCUUGGCUGGAAAAGAUGGCUGUUUAUAUGAAGUAGCAUACCAGGCAGAAGCAGGUUGGUUUAGCCAAAGAUGUAGGAAAAUCAACCACUCCAAGAGUGCGCUUUCUUUUCUUGUUCCUUCGUUGCUACAAUUCACAUUUUCAGAAGAUGAUCCUAUUGUUCAAAUUGAAAUUGAUAAUUCGAGAAACAUUUUAUAUACACGAUCUGAGAAAGGAGUAAUACAAGUUUAUGAUCUGGGCAGUGAUGGUCAAGGAAUGAGCAGAGUUGCCUCGGUGUCGCAGAAUGCUAUCGUCUCUGCUGCUGGAAACAUCGCGAGGACCAUAGAUCGCUCUGUUUUUAAACCAAUUGUUCAGAUAGCAGUGAUCGAAAAUUCUGAGUCACUGGACUGUCAGUUACUGGCUGUCACACAUGCUGGGGUCAGGCUGUACUUCAGCACCUGUCCGUUCAGACAGCCAUUAGCACGACCCAACACACUGACGCUGGUUCACGUCCGCCUGCCGCCUGGAUUCUCGGCGUCUUCCACGGUGGAAAAGCCUUCGAAGGUACAUAAAGCUCUCUACAGUAAAGGUGUUCUACUGAUGACAGCCUCAGAAAAUGAAGACAAUGACAUUUUGUGGUGUGUCAACCAUGACACAUUUCCUUUCCAAAAGCCAAUGAUGGAAACCCAGACGACGACCCGUGUGGAUGGCCACUCCUGGGCUCUCUCUGCAAUAGACGAACUGAAAGUGGAUAAAAUAAUCACGCCCUUAAACAAGGACCACGUCCCGAUCACUGACUCGCCGGUCGUCGUGCAGCAGCACAUGCUGCCCCCGAAGAAGUUCGUGCUUCUGUCGGCGCAGGGGAGUCUGAUGUUUCAUAAACUUAGACCCGUAGAUCAGCUGCGGCAUCUGCUCGUGAGUAAUGUGGGCGGAGACGGAGACGAGAUUGAAAGAUUCUUCAAAUUACAUCAGGAAGACCAGGCUUGUGCAACUUGCCUUAUCCUUGCUUGCUCCACCGCGGCCUGUGACAGAGAAAUAUCUGCCUGGGCUACUCGGGCUUUCUUCAGGUACGGCGGUGAAGCUCAGAUGAGAUUUCCAACCGCUCUGCCCACCCCAAGUAAUGUUGGUCCCAUCCUGGCGUCUCCUGUCUAUGCCAGUUCUCCUCUUCCUAGUGGUGGUCUGUAUCCAAAUCCAUCCUUUUUGGGAACACCGUCUCAAGGCAUGCACCCUCCCGUCAUGUCCACCCCAAUGCCUGCGGCAGGAAGUCCGGCAGUUCCAGCCCCAAGUCUGGGCUACAUGGCGGGACCAGAGAUUGUGUACUCUGGAAAACACAACGGCAUAUGCAUUUACUUUUCUCGAAUCAUGGGAAACAUCUGGGAUGCCAGUUUAGUUGUGGAGAGGGUGUUCAGGAGCGGCAACAAAGAGAUCACCGCGAUUGAAAGUAGUGUUCCCUCCCAAAUGCUGGAGUCAGUGCUACAAGAACUGAAAGGCUUGCAAGAAUUUCUGGACAGAAACUCCCAAUUUGCAGGAGGGCCGUUAGGAAAUCCAAAUACCGCCGCCAAAGUGCAGCAGAGGCUGACGGGGUUCAUGCGUCCUGAGAACGGAAAUACCCAACAGAUGCAGCAGGAGCUGCAGAGGAAAUUGCAUGAGGCUCAAGUGAGUGAGAAGAUUUCGCUUCAGGCGAUCCAGCAGUUGGUCCGGAAAUCAUACCAGGCUCUGGCUUUGUGGAAACUUCUCUGUGAGCACCAGUUCACUGUCAUUGUAGGCGAACUGCAGAAGGAAUUUCAAGAGCAGUUGAAAAUCACCACCUUUAAAGACCUGGUGAUCCGGGACAAAGAACUGACCGGGGCCUUAAUUGCUUCCCUCAUCAACUGCUAUAUCAGAGAUAAUGCUGCUGUCGACGGCAUCAGCCUGCACUUGCAGGACAUCUGCCCGCUGCUGUACAGCACUGAUGAUGCGGUCUGUUCCAAGGCAAAUGAGCUUCUCCAGCAUUCCCGACAAGUUCAGAAUAAGACGGAGAAGGAAAGGAUGUUGAGGGAGUCACUGAAGGAGUAUCAGAAAAUCAGCAAUCAGGUCGACCUCUCCAAUGUUUGUGCUCAGUAUAGACAAGUGCGUUUUUAUGAGGGCGUGGUGGAGCUCUCUCUCACGGCUGCUGAGAAGAAAGACCCUCAGGGUCUUGGACUCCAUUUCUAUAAACAUGGAGAACCAGAAGAAGACGUCAUAGGACUUCAGGCUUUCCAGGAAAGACUAAACAGUUACAAGUGCAUUACAGACACACUCCAAGAACUGGUGAAUCAAAGUAAGGCUGCUCCUCAGUCUCCCAGUGUCCCCAAAAAACCGGGGCCUCCUGUGCUGUCGUCGGACCCCAACAUGCUGAGUAAUGAGGAAGCAGGACAUCACUUUGAACAAAUGCUUAAAUUGUGUCAACGAUCCAAAGAUGAGCUCUUCAGUAUUGCCCUGUACAAUUGGCUAAUACAAGCUGACCUUGCAGAUAAACUGCUACAGGUCACUUCCCCAUUUCUGGAGCCACACCUAUCCCGAAUGGCCAAAGUUGAUCAAAACAAAGUUCGCUAUAUGGAUUUGCUCUGGAGGUAUUACGAGAAGAACCGAAGCUUCAGUAGCGCCGCCCGCGUCCUGUCCAAGCUGGCCGACAUGCACAGCACAGAAAUCCCACUUCAGCAGCGACUGGAGUACAUUGCUCGGGCCAUUCUCAGCGCCAAGAGCUCCACGGCCAUUUCCUCCACAGCUGCGGACGGCGAAUUCCUUCAUGAGCUGGAAGAGAAAAUGGAAGUUGCUAGGAUCCAACUGCAGAUACAAGAGACGCUGCAAAGGCAGUAUUCCCAUCAUUCUUCUGUACAGGAUGCAGUUUCUCAGCUGGAUUCUGAGCUAAUGGACAUAACUAAGCUCUACGGGGAAUUUGCUGACCCAUUUAAACUCGCAGAGUGCAAACUUGCAAUAAUUCAUUGUGCCGGUUACUCAGACCCGAUAUUGGUGCAGACCCUUUGGCAAGACAUCAUAGAGAAAGAGCUGAAUGACAGCGUGACGCUGAGCUCCUCCGACAGAAUGCACGCGCUCAGCCUGAAGAUCGCCCUCCUCGGCAAGAUCUACGCCGGCACGCCGCGCUUCUUUCCCUUGGAUUUCGUCGUGCAGUUCCUCGAGCAGCAGGUCUGCACCCUGAGCUGGGACGUGGGCUUCGUCAUCCGGACGAUGAAUGAGAUCGGGGUGCCCUUACCUCGGCUGCUGGAGGUGUACGAUCACCUGUUCAAGUCACGGGAUCCAUUCUGGAACAGAAUGAAGAGGCCACUGCACCUUUUGGAUUGUUUACAUGUACUGUUGACGAGAUAUGUCGAGAAUCCUAGCCAGGUUUUGAACUGUGAGAGGAGAAGAUUCACGAACCUCUGCCUGGACGCCAUCUGCGGGUACCUGGUCGAGCUGCAGUCUAUGAGCUCCUCCCUAGCAGUGCAGACCGUCACGGGGAACUUUAAAUCACUUCAGGCAAAAUUAGAACGGCUUCAUUAAUUACUGUGAUGUACUCUUUCCCAUCCAUUUUGAACUGUAAAAUAAAACCUCAUCUGGGUCCAGA